AUGGCUUCCCGGCACGCUGAUCGAACAAGGUACGACGAACGCGCCCCCCGCCGUGAUCGUGACGACAGACGCGACACGCGGGACCGUGACGACCGCCGCCACUACGAAGACGAGCGCAGCCGCAACGAUCGCCGCCGCGACCGCGAUAGGGACCGCGACCGCGAUUCCUAUCGUCGCAGCCGCUCGCCUCGCCGUGACCGGGACAGAGACCGGUCACGAGACAGGGCGCACGGCUCCAGCUACCGCGGCAGCCGCGACGACAGACGCUCCGGUCACGACGACCGCUGGGAGCGGCAUGACCGCCGUGACGACCACCGACGCAGCGAUGACCGCGCUCGCCAUUCCCUGUCGGCCACCCCGGGCGCGGACCCCAGGUCGAGCUCCAGGGCCAAUGACAUCAGGCAAGAGAAAAAUAAGCGUGCUGACGAGAAGCCGAAGCUAGACGAGGAUGCGAAGAAAGCAGAAAGGCUCGCUCGCGUUGAGGCGUGGAAGAAGAAGAAGGCUCAGGCCCAGACUGACAGCCCCGCUGGCGGUUCGUCGCCCGCUCCCGCUACACCCGCCACUCCGACAGCUCCUUCGGCCCCUUCUACAAGCGCUGCAGAGCAAGCUCCCGCGAAAGCUACAGCUCCUUCGAAACUUGGUGCUGAGAAGAAGCCUAAGCAGGUCAAGGCAAAGGAGCCCUUCAAGCUCGCCGAGACCGCUGCCCCGGCGCCUUUCGCCAAGAUCAACGCUGCCCCUAGCAAUGGUGCUGCAGUCUCCAGUCGAGCUGGACUGGCGUCCAAACCAAACGGUAACAUCGGCUCCUUCGGGAAUAAAGCUAAACUUGAGGAAGAAGCGGCUAAGCCAGCAAAAAAGGCGUUCUUGGAUGACGGAGAGAGCACGGGCAAACGUUCACUCCAGGCGCUUCCCGAUUUCACCCCGCUUGACCAGGCACCCGAUGCACCCGAUGCUGAAGAAGACGACGUCAUGGACGAUAUGGACAGCCCUGAAGGUGAUAAUGCUGCCGAGAUCCAAGCUCAACUCGAGAAGCGCCGUGCCGAAAUGGCGAACGAAGAUGCGCAGAUGAAAGAAGUUACUGAAGAAGAGUCCGCGGAAAAAAUGGACGUUGACGAAGUCGCAGGCGUUCAAGAAGACGACAUCGAUCCCCUCGACGCCUUCAUGGCAGGCCUGUCAGAGACGCAGCCAAGCAGGGGUCGACCUCAAGGCCAAACCAUGUUUGACGAAGACCACGAACCGGACCUGACUGCUGUCGAGGGCGAGGAUCUCCUCGCACUCGCUGCUACCAAGAAGAGGAAGAAGGAGGUUCCCAUCACCGACCAUUCUAAAGUUGAGUACGAACCUUUUCGUAAGAACUUCUAUACAGAGCCUACGGAGAUCGCCAACAUGACUGAGGAAGAAGUACGCAAUCUUCGCUUUGAACUUGACGGGAUUAUCGUCAAAGGUGCUAACGUGCCCCGCCCUGUUACCAAAUGGGCUCAAAUGGGUCUCUUGCAGCAGACGAUGGACGUAUUCGGUAAGCUGCGUUUCACAAAGCCUACGCCGAUUCAAGCACAAGCUAUCCCUAUGGCUGAGUCCGGCCUGGAUUUCAUCGGAGUAGCGAAGACUGGGUCCGGAAAGACUCUUGCUUUCGGAAUCCCCAUGAUCCGCCAUAUUCUGGAUCAGCAACCUCUCAAGCCUUCAGAUGGUCCGAUCGCUCUGGUCCUGGCCCCCACUCGAGAAUUAUCCGACCAGAUCGGCAAAGAGUUGAGGCCUUUCCUUAAGGCAUCGAACCUGCAUAUUGCUUGCGCCUAUGGAGGCUCGCCCAUCUCAGAGCAAAUCGCGAUGAUUAAGCGUGGUGGCAUACACGUGCUUUGCGCAACUCCCGGUCGCCUUAUUGACCUGCUUCAGAGCAACUCGGGCCGUGUUCUCAACCUCAGGCGCGUCACCUAUUUGAUACUUGAUGAGGCUGACCGCAUGUUUGACAUGGGUUUUGAGCCACAGGUCAUGAAGAUCAUGGCCAACAUCCGGCCAGAUCGGCAGACUAUUCUCUUUUCUGCUACCAUGCCCAAGAACAUCAACGCUUUGGCAAAGAAGGGGCUUACGAAUCCUGCUGAAGUGACAAUCGGGGGCCGUAGUGUCGUUACGAAGGACGUGCACCAAGUAGUGGCUAUAGUACCUCCAGGCCACGAUCCUAAGAUCAAAGAGCUCCUCAGACAACUCGGUCUCUUGUUUUCCAAGGAUGAGAAUGCCCAAAUCCUUGUGUUCGUCGAGCGACAGGAGACGGCCGAGGAUCUUCUCCACAAGCUUAUGAAGGCGAAGUAUGUCGGUGUAAACACGAUUCACGGCGCUAAGGAUCAGACGGAUCGUAGUGAGGCAAUUAACGACUUCAAGCAGGGCGUUCUGCCUAUCCUGAUCGCUACAUCUGUUGCUGCUCGUGGGUUGGACGUUCCCAAUCUGGCCAUGGUGUUCAAUUACGAUUGCCCGACGCACUUAGAGGACUAUGUCCAUCGCUGCGGACGUACGGGGCGUGCCGGCAACAAAGGAACCGCCAUCACACUUGUACAAAUCCCAGGUGAAGAACGUUUUGCCAUGCACGUCGCUAGGGCUUUGAGGGAUAGUGGACAGGACGUCCCUGAAGACCUCGAGAAGAUUUCGAAGGACUUCAAGGCUAAGAUCAAAGCUGGUGAGGAGAAGUGGUUCGAUCCUGGAUUUGGCGGCAAAGGUCUUGAUAAGCUCGAUGCAGCACGCGCCAUGGAGAAGAGGCGAGAGAAGCGUGCACAUCAUAUCGAAGGUGAGGAUAUCAGUGAUGACGAACCGGAGUUACCCGCUCUGAAGAAUUUGCCCGAAGUGGUAUCUGCAACCACAGCGGCGGGCAAAGACCCUGAGCCUGCAGCCGAUGAACCAGCAUGGAAACGACUCCUCACCAGCAAGAUCGUUGUGAACAAGACCGAACGUCCUGCCGCUACUGGCCCAACGAAACCCAUGACGGCUAAAGAAAGGGCCUUGGCAGCAGCCAGCAAAGUGGAUGGCCGCUUAAGCAAGAAGGGUAUGAUACAUCAUGGUCAGCCCAUUGACAACAAGGGUCCAGACGCCGGUGCUUUCCACUCAACGAUCGAAAUCAACGACUUCCCACAGAAAGCGCGAUGGGCUGUCACCAACCGCACCAACGUUGUCAAGAUCUUGGAUACGACCGGCGUUUCGAUCACGACCAAGGGCAACUUCUAUCCGCCAGGCAAAGAACCUGGAGAGAAUGAUUUACCUAAGCUGUAUAUUCUUGUCGAGGGAGACAAUGAGAACGUGGUUACUGACGCUAUGAUGGAGAUCACUCGACUUCUCAAGGAGGCAACAAUGUCUGCCGAUGAUGCUCCGCGUGGGGCUACUGGACGCUACAGUGUUGUCUAG